AUGUACGGCUCAUCGGGGGAUGAACCGGAGCAGAGCAGGAGCAGCGCCGACGAGGACAACAGUCGUCGCCCGAGUCUGUCGCGCGAUAGAGAAACUGGCCGCGGGCGUCAGGGCUCGUGUCUGAAUAUCAGGCACGAGGAGUGGCAGAAGGCCAAAGUCCCGGCGCCAGGGAAGAGGCAACGCCAGCAGCACACACCUCACGCCCUCCACACUUUUCCAACACCUCUCGCCAACAACCCCGUUCUCCCUCUCCCUCUCCCUCUCCCUCGACGGCGCGCGGGCACCGAUAUUCUUCCCACUUGCACAACCAGCGGGCCGAUAUUGACAUUGUCGAUGGCACAAUAGCCCGCCAAGAGUCUCUUGCUGACCAACCCUCACAUCACCGUCCUCGCCGAUAUCCAGCAUCGCCCGCGUCGCACAAGCGUCUCCACCCGCGCUCGCCAUCGCCCUCCAAAACACAUCAGUACCACCACCAUUCGGAGCGCCAUCGUCGAAGCAGCGUUGCUGAAUCUCCAUCUCGGUUGCGGCACUCCAGGACCUCUGCGCGCGGCCAUCGUCGAGCUAGGACCCCAGAGCCUGCACGGGAACAAGACAUUGUGGCGGACAGGAGGCGGACAGCAGAAAUCGAACGGACACCUCGUCGGCGCCAUCGCUCGCCAUCAGUGGGCUCGGGACGUGGUGUUGGCCAGACACGGGAUAACAGAGAGGACCCUCGAGAGCGUCAUCGAGGAAGGCGCGACGGACGAUCGUAUCAUCGCGAUCGGCGCGGAGAAAGGGGACGGCCCUCCUGCUCACCACUGCCGUCAGAGCAUUACCAUCGCCAUUCCUACCAGGGCAGAGAGCACGACUACGAUCCAACGAGAGAUCAAUACGACGAUCACGACCACAAGCUCCGUCCCAGACGCCUAGCAGCACCAACAAGCACAGAAGGUUUGGACUAUCGUCGGCUCCCUCGCUCUCUCGGUGACCGUCCUUCACGGCCUGCAAGUCGCGAUAGUCUGCGAAAGGGGCAGGCUCUAUCCGGUUCAGUGCGGAGCGACCGCCUACAAGAUCGUCCUACGAGCAUCGAGAGUCGGCACUCUCGCGAGAACGAGCUCGAGAAGAACGACGCCGAGAUGUACAAUCGCGGUCCAUACGACUCCCGCUACGGCGGCUACCCUCCGUCACAAUCACCUUACGGCCAGCAGGGCUAUCCUCAGUCCGGAUACAAUUCGUACGCUGGCUCUCCUUCACAAAGUUAUCCUCAGCAAUCCCAAUACCAUGGCGCACCCUCCCAGCCAGGCGUCCCAUACUAUCAGCCUCAGCCCGGUAAACAGUACGGGAGCCAUGCCAACUACAGCCGCGAGCCAUAUCCAAGACCGCCGCAGCGUGGCGGACUUGCAGCACGAGGCGGCCGAGCACAUUUUGCAAAUCUUUCCUGGACGCCUGGCGAUGGUGUGAAAGGUGGCCAUCUAGUGCAGCCCGGUGAGAAGAACAAGGAUUCCGCAACGACAGCGACGACAGCUCCUCAGCCGCAGUCAGUCGCGACCGUACCCGACCCCGAAGAUGACGACAACCCGUUUCGUCCACCUGCAGAUCUGCGAGCGGAAGACGAAAGUAGAAAGAAAAGAAAGGCGGAGACACCACCAGUAGCGGAAAAGACGGACGAGGAGAAGGCGGUCCAGGCGGAGCGAGAGAAGAACAAAAUCAGCUUUUCCAUCAAAGGCCGAGCGAGUAUGGCAGCUGCCGAGAAAGCGCCUGUCAUUGCCAAAUCUGAGACAUCGCCACUGGUAUCGAAGAGGACACCCUCCGGCAUCUCCCCACUGGUACAGAACAACGUGCCCAAGAGCUCCAACUACGUCGGCAAUACUAGGAUCAGUGAGCCGGCCAAACCUCCGCCGCCGGCCUUCAGGAAGGAAAUUGUGAGGAAGAAGAGAGUAAAGGCUCAGCCACAGCUUUCAGAUGAGUUCAAGCAAUCCGAGAGUGUCUAUUACCGCAAGACCGGCAACGAAUCCGUUGUUGGCAGUGGAACAUACGGCAAAGUGUACAAGGCUGUACAUGUCUACACCGGUGGAAUGGUAGCGCUCAAGAAGAUCCGCAUGGAAGGCGAACGCGAUGGCUUCCCUGUCACGGCUAUCCGCGAGAUCAAGCUCUUGCAGUCGCUCGACCACAUCAACGUUGUGCCGCUACUCGAAGUCAUGGUGGAGCGUAACGACUGCUUCAUGGUCUUCGAGUAUCUCUCCCAUGACUUGACGGGUCUCCUAAACCACCCAACCUUCGUCCUGACUGCUGCACAUAAAAAGCACUUGGCGAAGCAGCUGUUCGAAGGUCUCGACUAUUUGCACAGUCGGGGCGUUCUCCACCGCGACAUCAAAGCGGCCAACAUCCUCAUCUCCCGAUCCGGAGUGCUUAAGCUGGCGGACUUUGGACUUGCACGAUUCUACGAGAAGCGACGAAAGCAGGACUACACCAACCGAGUGAUUACGAUAUGGUACCGUAGUCCAGAGCUGCUACUCGGUGAGACGCAGUAUGGCCCGGCCGUCGACAUUUGGAGUGCUGCUUGCGUGCUUGUGGAGAUCUUCACGCGGCAUGCCAUCUUCCCGGGCGAUGGAGGAGAGAUCAACCAGCUGGACAAGAUCUACAAUGUGCUCGGGACACCCUCGCGGAGUGAGUGGCCGAGCAUCAGCGAACUCCAGUGGUACGAGCUAUUACGGCCCAGUCAGCGAAUUCCCAACACGUUUGCGGAGAAGUACCACGAACGAGUGUCGCCGGAAGCAUUCGAGCUCCUCCAAGCCAUGUUUCUCUACGAUCCAGCGAAUCGCCCGACGGCUGCCGACGUUUUGGAGCAUCCGUACUUUACCAGCGAAGAGCCCCAGGCGGCUCAAGUGGUCGAGCUCGCUGAGCUUGAGGGUGAUUGGCAUGAGUUUGAGUCCAAGGCACUGCGCAAGGAGAAGGAGCGACAAGAGCGCGAAGCGCGCCGCAGAGACCGAGAGCAGCGCGAGGGUGAGAAACGCAAGGCGGAAGAGACGCCUGCUGGGGAAAGUAAGAAGGCUAAAGUCGCAGAGGCCGGCACGGAGUAG